GCUACUCCAGUCGGAGGGUUCAGAGCCCCAGUAGCAAGAGCAACGACACUCUCAGCGGCAUCUCCUCCAUCGAGCCCAGCAAACACUCAGGCUCCUCCCACAGCCUGGCCUCGAUGGUAGUGGUCAAUUCAUCCAGCCCCACAGCUGCGUGCUCAGGUUCAUGGGAAACCAGAGGAAUGGAGGAGUCUGUGCCCACCACCGAUGGAAGUGCUGAGAGCCUCUAUGUACAAGCCAGAGUCGCAAAGGAGGGAGUUUGCCGAGAAGCUGGAGUCCCUGUUGCACCGGGCCUACCACCUGCAGGAAGAAUUCGGUUCUACCUUCCCCUCUGACAGCAUGCUGCUGGACCUUGAGAGGACCCUCAUGCUGCCCCUGACUGAGGGCUCACUGCGCCUUCGGGCCGAUGAUGAGGACAGCCUGACCUCGGAAGACUCUUUUUUCUCAGCCACUGAGCUCUUUGAGUCUUUGCAGGUUGGAGAUUACCCGCUCCCUCUCUCCAGACCUGCUGCUGCCUAUGAGGAGGCUCUGCAGCUAGUGAAGGAGGGCAAAGUACCCUGCCGAACACUCAGGACAGAGCUGCUGGGCUGCUACAGUGACCAGGACUUCCUGGCCAAGUUACACUGUGUACGGCAGGCCUUUGAGGGGCUUCUGGAAGAAAGGAGCAACCAGGUCUUCUUCGGGGAGGUCGGCCGGCAGAUGGUGACAGGCCUGAUGACCAAGGCUGAGAAGAGUCCCAAAGGCUUCCUGGAGAGCUAUGAGGAGAUGCUGAGCUACGCCCUGCGGCCUGAGACCUGGGCCACUACCCGGCUGGAGCUGGAGGGCCGAGGGGUGGCGUGCAUGAGCUUCUUUGACAUCGUGCUGGACUUCAUCCUCAUGGAUGCCUUCGAGGACUUGGAGAACCCUCCGUCUUCGGUGCUUGCUGUCCUGCGGAACCGCUGGCUGUCUGACAGCUUCAAGGAAACGGCCCUAGCCACUGCUUGCUGGUCUGUCCUAAAAGCCAAGAGGAGGCUCCUAAUGGUGCCCGAUGGCUUCAUCUCCCAUUUCUACUCCGUAUCGGAGCAUGUCAGUCCUGUGCUGGCCUUUGGCUUCCUCGGACCCAAGCCCCAGCUUGCGGAAGUCUGUGCUUUCUUCAAGCACCAGAUUGUGCAGUACCUGAGGGACAUGUUCGACCUGGACAACGUGCGCUAUACAUCAAUACCAGCCCUAGCAGAUGACAUUCUACAGUUGUCCCGGCGCCGCAGCGAGAUCCUGUUGGGCUACCUUGGGGCACCAGUGGCUAGUAGCACUGGGCUAAAUGGGCCACUGCCUCGAGAGAAUGGGCCCCUGGAAGAGCUGCAGUAAUGGGACACAGGCUGGAGGGGAGGUGGCGGCUUGAGCCUCAUUCACAAGGGUGACAGGAGAGAGAAGGCUGCCCCUCCCUUCCUUCGGGUUGGCGUCCAAGGGCCAGGUGGCCAAGGGCCAUUGUCCCUGAGCCUGAUACACCUCCUCAUCUGGAAAUCCCAACACCCAGAGGACAAAUUUCCAUGGAGAGGAAUCACUAGGAGCCUAUCCAGAUGCCCUCAGGGUUGCCUUGGCAGCAGGGACAGGCCAGGGACAGUAAGGUGUGACAAAGGGAAGAUGGUGAGAGAGGAAGGUGUUGUAGAGAUAUGGACCAUAGAGCCCCAGUCUCCUCUGGGCUGCAGACAGACAGCAAGGAGGUGAUCGGUGAGGGACAGGGCAUGCGGGGCCAUGUGGUGACAGUCACAGGGUCCUGGAAUAGGAGCCAGCACCCAGGCUUUUGGCAGGUAUGGAAAGCCCUAUCUGGGCCAUCCAGAGGUGAGCUCGCCCCACCUGUGCUCACAUUUGAGCAAGGACUAGCCCUUCAGAAACCCAGACACCGACCAGGACCCUGUCCCCCACAUUCCCACACCCUGCCAAAGACUCCGUUUUUUCAUCCCACCUCUGCCACCACCAAAGAUGGAGGCGGUGGGACUGGGCUCUUCUCACUCCCCCGUGAGCCUGGAACUUCCUGCGCAGUGCUGGGCUCCAGCUGAGGGCUCGAAGCAGAGCUCACAGAGGCCUAUCACCUGUGUUGCUAUCUGAUGCUCUAGAAGUGAGGGCCUAGGAACCAUGACAGGGAGGGCAGAGGAUGCACAGCAGUGCCCCGCCCCCGCCCCCACACAAGAAGCUGGACUCGGCACUUUGCCUUCAGCUCCAUGCACACACUUUGAGGCUGCAUAGCAGCAUAGAGCCACCUCAAGGCUGCUGCCACCCAGGGUCCUGUAAGCAUUUGUCAUGGCAGCUGCAGGGGUCCUGGCAGCCUGAGCUGGGAAUUUUUUUAUUUAUUGCCUUAACACUUUAUUUGGAUGUUCUGCCCCUUCCAGGUUGUAAGACCUGCAGGAGGUGAGACUCCUGGUCUGGUCUGGAGUUGAGCACUGGCUCCUGGGACCCAGUCCCUCUGGAAGGGGCAAGGAGGAUACAGUGAGGAGAGGGUGGUCACGGCUCUGGCUCCAGAUCCUCCUCUCUGAGGCCUGUGUUUAGAAGGGAGGAACCCUCCGAGCUCAGUCUUGACAUUCCAUUCAUUUGCACUUACCUUGAGCUGUGAAUGUAACCCCGGGCCAAGGCCCACUCUGAUUUGCCCUGAUUCCCACAGCAGUAGCGUUUUCAUCUUGUCCUUGUUUGUGUCCACGCAUUGCCCUAGAGCACUCAUCUGUCUCAGCUUCCAAGCCCCAAUGUAAAAUGUGUGCAGUGACUGUGAGUCAGAUAAAGAUGGAAACAGCCUC